AUGGCUUUCCACGUGGAGGGACUGAUAGCCAUCAUCGGCUUCUACCUGCUGAUACUGCUGGUUGGAAUAUGGGCUGCCUGGAGAACCAAAAGCAGCGGCAGCGCAGAAGAACGCAGCGAAGCCAUCAUAGUGGGCGGCCGAGACAUCGGCUUGCUGGUCGGGGGGUUCACCAUGACAGCCACCUGGGUCGGAGGAGGGUAUAUCAACGGGACAGCUGAAGCAGUUUAUGUCCCAGAUUACGGUCUGGCUUGGGCUCAGGCGCCAAUUGGAUAUUCUCUUAGUCUGAUUUUAGGUGGUCUUUUCUUUGCAAAACCUAUGCGUUCCAAGGGAUACGUGACCAUGUUGGACCCAUUUCAGCAGAUCUAUGGAAAACGCAUGGGUGGGCUCCUAUUUAUCCCGGCUCUAAUGGGAGAAAUGUUCUGGGCUGCAGCCAUUUUCUCUGCAUUAGGAGCCACCAUCAGCGUGAUCAUCGACGUGGACGUGCAUGCCUCGGUCAUCGUCUCCGCACUGGUGGCCACUCUGUACACCCUGGUGGGAGGACUCUACUCCGUGGCCUACACGGAUGUCGUCCAGCUCUUCUGCAUCUUUGUAGGACUGUGGAUCAGUGUCCCCUUUGCACUGUCACAUCCUGCAGUCACCGACAUUGGGUUCACUGCUGUGCAUGCCAAAUACCAGGAGCCUUGGCUGGGAACCAUUGAAUCAUUUGAAAUCUACACGUGGCUUGAUAGUUUUCUGCUGUUGAUGCUGGGUGGAAUCCCGUGGCAAGCCUACUUCCAGAGGGUCCUGUCGUCAUCCUCAGCCACCUAUGCUCAGGUGCUGUCCUUCCUGGCAGCGUUUGGGUGCGUGGUGAUGGCUGUACCAGCCAUUCUUAUUGGGGCCAUUGGAGCAUCGACAGACUGGAACCAGACUGCGUACGGCCUUCCCGACCCCAAGAGCAACGAGGAGGCGGACAUGAUCCUCCCGAUCGUGCUGCAGCACCUCUGCCCUGUGUACGUUUCAUUCUUUGGUCUUGGCGCAGUUUCUGCCGCUGUUAUGUCAUCAGCAGAUUCUUCCAUCCUGUCAGCAAGCUCAAUGUUCGCUCGGAACAUCUACCAGCUUUCCUUCCGACAGAAUGCAUCAGACCAGGAGAUCGUCUGGGUCAUGCGGAUCACGGUGCUUGUGUUUGGAGCGUCUGCAACAGCCAUGGCCCUACUCACCAAGACCGUGUACGGGCUCUGGUACCUCAGCUCCGACCUCGUCUACAUCAUCAUCUUCCCGCAGCUGCUCUGUGUGCUCUUCAUCAAGGGAACCAACACGUACGGGGCUGUGGCAGGUUACGUCUCUGGCCUCUUCCUGAGAAUAACAGGAGGGGAGCCGUACCUGCACCUGCAGCCCCUGAUCCUCUACCCCGGCUAUUACUCUGACAAGAGCGGCAUCUAUAACCAGAGAUUCCCGUUCAAGACACUCUCCAUGGUUACCUCGUUCUUAGCCAACAUUUGUGUCUCGUAUCUAGCCAAAUACCUAUUUGAAAGUGGCAGCUUGCCACCAAAAUUAGAUGUAUUUGAUGCUGUUGUUGCAAGGCACAGCGAAGAAAACAUGGAUAAGACAAUUCUGGUCAGAAAUGAAAAUAUUAAAUUAGAUGAACUUGCACCCGUGAAGCCUCGGCAGAGUAUAACUCUCAGCUCAACAUUCACCAAUAAAGAAGCCCUUCUAGACAUCGAUUCCAGUCCAGAAGGGUCUGGAAUGGAAGAUAAUUUACAAUGA